AAAAAGAGUCGGUUGAUGUUCAGAACAAGUUUUGAUCGCGUCGCGUGCGGUUGUUUUGAAAAUUUUUGGCUGGAAGUGGUACGUUAAAAAGAAAUACAGCGUUAACGCAAAUAUAUAAAAAGUGUUGAGAAGAAAAAAAUUACCAAAAUAUACAAAAAAGAUUUUUUUCUACAUUUCGAAAUCAAGAACAACGAUCACAACACAGAACCAACAACAUGUCAAAAAUUUGGAAUGCAUUGACUAGACGGAAAACUGAAGAUAUAAAUGAGGGUGAAUCACAAUUGGCGCGUGUACUUAGUCUAUUGGAUUUGACCGCUUUGGGUGUGGGCAGUACCUUGGGUCUGGGUGUGUAUGUGUUGGCUGGCUCCGUGGCGUACGACAUUGCAGGACCUGCGGUAACAAUCUCCUUUCUCAUUGCUGCCGUUGCAUCGGCAUUUGCUGGCAUAUGCUAUGCUGAGUUUGCAGCUCGAGUACCCAAGGCUGGCAGUGCAUAUGUCUACAGUUAUGUGACCGUUGGAGAGUUUGUGGCCUUUACAAUUGGCUGGAAUUUAAUUUUGGAAUAUGUCAUAGGAACUGCUUCUGUUGCUCGAGGUCUCAGUGGCUAUUUUGAUUCCCUAAUUAAUGAGACUAUGUCCAAGACCUUGAAGGAGGUCAUGCCCAUCAAUGUGGGUUUCUUGGGUGAUUAUCCCGAUUUCUUGGGAUUUGGCAUGGUCUUAGUGCUGACAUGUGUAUUGGCAUUUGGUGUUAAAGAGUCUAGUUUUCUCAACAAUAUAUUUACUAGUGUCAAUAUUGGAACUAUUCUUAUUGUUUUGGUUGCCGGAGCCAUGAACGCGGAUCCUGCUAAUUGGUCCAUUCCCGAGUCGGAAAUACCUGAAGAGAAAUAUGGCAAAGGUGGUUUUAUGCCUUAUGGAUUUGCUGGUGUAAUGGCUGGGGCCGCCAAAUGUUUUUAUGGCUUUGUGGGCUUUGAUUGUAUUGCCACUACCGGUGAAGAAGCCAUCAAUCCCAAACGCAACAUUCCCUUGGCCAUUGUAAUCUCUUUGAUUAUAAUUUUUCUAGCAUAUUUCGGUGUUUCCACAGUUUUGACCAUGAUGUUACCUUAUUAUCUACAGAACCCAAAUGCCCCUUUCCCAGAAGCAUUUGAUAGUAUUGGUUGGAAUACUAUCAAGUGGAUUGUAACAAUUGGCGCCAUUUUUGCCUUAUGCACUAGUCUUUUGGGUGCUAUGUUCCCGUUGCCCCGUGUUCUCUAUGCCAUGGGUAAUGAUGGUAUAAUUUUCAAGAAACUAUCCAAGGUUGACAGCUACACCAAGACUCCUUUGUUGGCCACCAUUAUAUCGGGCAUAUUUGCAUCUCUGAUGGCCAUGCUUUUCAAUUUGGAGCAGCUAAUUGACAUGAUGUCCAUUGGCACUCUGCUGGCCUAUAGUAUUGUGGCUGUUUGUGUUUUGGUUUUACGCUAUCAAGACGAAGAUAUGGAGGGCAGAGAUGUAACGAUACGUUUCCCCACCGUCAUUAAGCAAUUCUUCAAUGGCAAUUCAUAUAGUGUGCCAAAUGAUUUAAGCUCGGCCAUAACCAAAGUCGGCGUAGUGGUAUUUGGAGUGGUAUGCAUUCUUUGGUGCAGCAUGGACAAGGUCUUUGAGUUUGGCUCCACAGACAGUAUCAUAGCAUUGAGUAUUUUGGGUGUAGUGUUGAUUCUCAUAGCUGUUAUCAUUGGCUUCCAACCGGUGUCCACCAUAGAGUUAACUUUUAAGGUGCCUUUGGUGCCCUUGGUACCCUGUCUAAGUGUCUUUGCAAAUUUGUAUUUAAUGUUCCAAUUGGACUUGGGCACCUGGAUAAGAUUUUCAAUAUGGGUCUUCAUUGGUUAUGUCAUUUAUUUUGUCUAUGGCAUACGUCAUUCUACGCAAAUUUCACGCAAUAUCAAUCAUGCAAAUCAUGCGGCAGCAGCUUUGGAUAUGCAACGCACCAAUCAAGCCUUUGAGCCAGAUUGGAAGGUGGAAAAUGGUAAAAGGGAGAAAAUGUAAGGAACUGAAUAACAGCUGUGAGCAGAGCCUCUGAUGGCAUUAAGAGAGAGUAUAAAAACCAGUUACUCAUUGGAGAGGUUUUUGAGAAGAGAAAGAAAACAGAGUUUGAUCAAGGGGGUGGGAGGAGCGAGAGGGUUGGGUCCAGCUUAAGUUUUGCUGGCUGUGUGAUCCGCAGAAAAACUUAUUUCCUUAGCAGCUUGGAAUUAUUACAAUAAAAUAAGCUCCCUCACUUACUCUUUCUUUCACUCCAUAUAUCUCUUUGCGAGUCUGCAUUAUAUUUUAUUUAGGUGUAUUUGUUCAUGCGGGGCCAAAUUCAAUCAAUAAUUGGUUAUACUUUAGUGCGCUGAUGUUCAACGACUAAGAUAUGACCUCCAUAAUACUGUAAGUCAGGAUUCGCCAUUUGCCAUUCGGAAUUAUAACUUGCCCUUCGAUUAAGUUUUUUUUUCCAAUUUAUUCGGCACAUUUUGACACUCGCAAUGUUCAAGGGGCCUUUCCAUGUUGCAUGUUUUUGUUUUUAAUCGUUUAUUUUAUUUUUUCUUUAUUUUAAAUUUUUACUAUUUACUAAGAAUUU